AAUUUAACAAACCAACAACAACAACCAACAACACCCCAACCAUCCCAACCACAGCAACCAUCACAACAAUACCACCACAGCCAUAAUCAAUCACCAACAUCACCCUCACAAUUACCAAUAAAUAAUAAUAAUGCACCAGUUAGAAAAAAAUAUAAACCAUUACAAAGAAACAAUACCGCAAAUCACGAUUUAACAGCUUUUUAUGGUUGGAUAAUUAUUAUAUGUACAUUAACAUUCUUUAUAGUUACAACUUAUUGUUUAAUAUUUUCAAAAUUAUUACCUGAUACAGGCAAUAGAAUCUUAGAUUUCAUAAAAUACGAUUGGUAUUAUUGUUUAUUAAUACCUGCAUUAGUUCCUGUAACAGUUGCGACCGUUUACUUUAAUUGGCUCAGUCUAAAAUUCUUUAGACAUAAUUAA